CAUUCACCAUCAUCAUUGUCACUUUCUAGUCAGUGGGUAAAUUAUGGCAAACUUUGUCCCUCAGGAUCAACCUGAAAUCACUAUGGACUAUGUAAAUAUACCUAAUUCAUCAGCCAGGAGCUCUAGUGAUGACGGUGAAGGGACUGCUGCAGUGCCUGGUAGAAGAAUGUACAGACUGGUUGGUGUGAGCUUUGGACUCCUGUUCAUCCUACAAGCGGCUCUCAACAUUUCCCUGCGUCUCUACAGCUCUGACAGUAAGACACCAGAUACAGAAGCCGGCUGCACAAACCUUAUUCAGGAGACUGCCAAGCUGAAGAGAGAACUGACUGACUUUGAUUACUAUUUGCAACAAGGAUGGGUGUAUUUCCGCCACAGUUUUUAUUUUGUUUCUACUACCACGAAAUCCUGGCAGGACAGCAGAGAUGACUGUCUGCAGAGAGGUGCAGACCUGGUGAUUAUCAACAGCAAAGAGGAACAGAAUUUCAUAGGAAAAUUCGGCAGGGUCUUGUGGAUUGGACUGACUGAGAGAGAAGCCAUGGGGAUGUGGAAAUGGGUGGAUGGGACGCCGCUGACCAAAGGCUACUGGAAGCCUGGGGAGCCAAAUGAUUUUUUGGGCAACACUGAAGACUGUGUAGAAAUGGAGGACAGCUGGAAUGAUAUACCGUGUAAAAAUCAAAACUUCUGGAUCUGUGAAAAGAUGAUGUCUUUAUAACUCAGCAUACGAAACCAUGGAGAGCUGAAAUUCACUUCAUGUUUGAUCUGGCAUAGGCGUUUCUAGCCCAUUUUUGGGGGUGCUGAAGCACUCCUAAAUUGGAUCCCAGCACCCCUAAAAUUUGAGAGAUUUUUUUUUUUUUUUUACUGUACGUCCUUUUUUAACAAGCUAGAAAAGUGUCAAAACCAUACAGUACUUGGUUGAAACGUAAUAUUUUAACAACAAAAAUACAGCAGCCCCCCCCCCUUGCCUCAAAAAUGGUUUGAUCCUCCCCAUCCCUCCCACCUUUCACCGACUUGGGCUCUGAGAGCUCUAUCUGCACAGAGCAAUGCGCUUCCUUCCAAAGUGGGUGAUAUGCAGUAGUGGUGUAAGUACCUGGCUGAAACCAGGAUAUGUGGCACAUUUCUUAACUUCUACCACUCAAUACCAACACAUUAUUAUCAUUACCAGUCCUCAUUUCUGCUGCAUUUAAUCGUAGGUCACUGUUUAUGUUGUUAGGUAGGAGUUAGCUGACGUUUUUUCUAGCUAGGAAACGUUACAGGUGGUCAGUACCACUGUCCUCUGUUUGAAUUGGAAUGAGAGAAGCUAGCUGUUGUGUCAUGUGCAUGUGUUAAUAUUAAAGCCAAGGUGCUACUGACUAGCUAACUGACUGGAUGCCCAUUAACAUUAUAACUCCUAUUGUGUGUAUUUAUUAUUAUUAUUUUGUAGAUUUCAAGCACUUUUCUUUUUUGAAGUGUAUUUUUAUUUAUGUAUUUGUAUUAUAUAAUACAGACAAGAAGGAAAAAGGCAGAGACAAACAUUGAAAAAGUCAAUUACUGUUAAUGUGUUAAUGUUACAUGUUGUGCAUUGCAUUUCAAAUAAAAGUCCAAAAAAUAAGUCCAAGGUCCAUUUUUGGUAUUUUUGGUACUCACUAUAGGGGGCUGGUUUACUCCAGAAACAUACAUACUGUUUAUGUGUAUGUUGAGGAGCUG